GAUGUUCCGUCAGUUCGGAAAUAUUUUCAAUGGAGGCAGGAGGAGCUGUGAUACUUUAGCCGUUUUAUCUCUUUUUUUAUUUAUUAGCUGUCGUUAUUUACUAGUGAUUUAAAUGGAAGUGUUUGUCCCGAAGUCAUAUUUUUAUACUUUAAUUCUAUUCGCAGGUAGUCACUAUGACAACUAAUCCAUUCGGUCUCAAAUCGAAGUUGUUUCAAAUCUGUCGUCUUUGUUUAUCAGAAGAGGAUGUAAAAUGGUCUUUAUUCGACGAUGAUGGACUAAAACGCAAUUUUCCCUGCAAGAUUCUGUCGUGUCUCUGCAUUCCGGUUUCCCAGUUUGAUCCUCUACCCACAUAUAUUUGUGAAAAAUGUGCACGCAAAUUGGACGAAUUCUAUGACUUCAAGCAAGCCUCUAGAAAGUCUGAUGAAUACCUGAAAAGCAAUUUGCAUUCAUUUUCUCAGGAAAUUUGUAUGAGCAAUAGACUGAAAGGCAAGGUGAAGCAAGAUAAUGAUCAGCUAAUUGCCCAAGAUAUGUCGUUACAUAAAUCGGACAAUAAAUCAAGAUCCCAGUUGAUCAGUGGUUCUUUCCAAUCAGAAAAUUUAAGGUGUAAUAAUUUUAAAUCAGAACCAAAGUGUAAUCAAAACGAUAGAUAUUACAAUUUACUUACCAGUAUUAAUGGUAUAAGUGCCCCCUCAAAAUCCACAUCCUCUUUUACUGACACUGACGAGAAAAUUCAAUCAAGGAAUGUCAUGAACUCCCCAUCCCAACCCAGUUCAAACGGACGCAAUCCCAAUACAUUGCACAACCGUUCAGAGAAAGAACUUAUCGCCAGUGAUUCAAUUUUAAAUUUAAACACGGAAGCUCGAGAAAACUCUCCUGAGGCGGAAGUGAAAAAGGCGUCUACUGGUGUUUCUGGAAAUGCUGUGAUGUAUGCCAAUGGAUAUUUCAGUGAGGUCCCUGAUGAUGACUCAAACAACAACAGUGGAGUUUUAAACCUGGAGAUGAAGUCGAAAAAGCAGCGUGUUGAGAGUGAAACGCGACCCACUCAGUUGAAACCAGAUAGUGUUGAAGACUCGGAAGAUGAUUCCAAGAGAGGGAGCUCUCGGCUUUCCAGGGAGGAUCCUUCGGACAACGAGAAUAAAAGUCAUGCUGACUUUGAGGAUGAUAACAAUGAAGAUGCUGAUGUCAGUAGUGAUAUAACUGAAAGAAGUCCCACAAGUAUGCUGAGGAGAACAUUAUUACUGAACCAUCAGGAUGAAUCUCGGUCACCUCUAACAAUAAUGAAUGGAGAAGUUGUGCUGGGUGCUAAAAGGACGAGUAGUGGCCGACGCAAGCAAAGCUGUCCUCUGAGGGCAAGCGAGAUUAGGUUCCGUUAUAAAUUCAACGCUGACAAUGAAAUUGAAGGCGAAAACGCAGAUGGGCGCAACAGUGAUAUUGGCAGUAUGUCCGAUGCCGGUGCAAGUUCAGAUGCGGAUAACCACCGAUUUGAUGAUAUGGGUGCUGCAAGAUCUCUUUAUAUUGAAAAUUCUUUGAUGGGCAAUGGUUCGGUUGAUUCAGCAGAUUGCAUGGAUAUUCCCAUUGAAACGGUUGCGGAAGAAGUCAUCGGAGAUGGUGAGGACAGGUCAGAAGAAGAUCACCUUCAAAGCCGAUUGAUUGCUGCUGCUGCCCAAUUGCCUUCACCGCGAAGUGACCUAGGAAUGGACGAACACCUCGUGAUUGAUAUGAAUGGUGCAGUUAUGGGCUCCCCGAGGGUUUACUCUGAUGGUGAAGUCCUUCUCAGUGAGCGUGAUAUCGAAAGGGCAAAUAUUGAAAGAGCAAGAGCAAUUGACAUUUACAACGUUCUGAAUCAAGCUCGAAGACUUCCUGUUGGACCUGCAAUCCCAUCGCGGCGGCCACCUUUGUCGCGAGCCGCAUCCUCCUCACCAUCCCCAUCGCCUUCUCCUGUUCCGCAUAAUGCUAUGAGCCAGCUCUUGAUAGCAGCUCAGUUGGCAGCAGGAGGAGAAGUAUUCGACGCCCCAAGCUCCUCAAACCCACGCCGUGUGCAACCUUGGAGUGAUAAUCCACUUAUUGGCAGGCCUGGUCCAAGUCACUUGAACGUCGAGCAGGAUUAUCGUCCCCAGAACCUUAAAAAACAUUCGCAGCGCCGGCAAAAAUCUGCUGGCGUGCGAACAUCAAGAGCUGCCGGUGGAUCUCGCUUAUCAACAGCAGCAAAAAGAAGUGACAUAGCAUGUUCAAACUGCGGAACCCAAACGACAACAAUUUGGAGACGCAAUCCUAAGGGUGAAAUGGUUUGCAAUGCUUGUGGUCUUUACUACAAACUCCACUUGGUCGAUCGGCCGAUCGCAAUGCGCAGGGAUCAGAUCCACUCGCGGAGGCGGAGACCUCAGUCAGACCAAAAUGACCAAGAGCAGAGCGAGCUCUCUGAAAACGAAAGCAUGAAAAUCGAGCCACCCUCCCCUGCCUUGCCCCAACCGCCGGCCCGGAGACGUAAGUCUGCUAAGAUUUCUAAAAAGUUCCAGUCCAGUCCAGUUCUUAGUUCGCAUCUGGAAGGACGCGGGUAUCUAUGCGACUCACCAGACGACCAGUCGGAGCGAGAGAGAAUCAGAGAUUCUAUGCAAAAUGGAAAUGAGGACACUGUACCAGUUCUACCCGACAUGGCCAUGCUAUCAGCUAUCCGCUCCCAGUUGACGCCUGAACUUUUAAGAGGUUCUCCAAUCCUUAAUACCCCUACCAUCAAGAACUCAAUUUCAAUGUUAAAGCCACGCGGCGCGCCCUGAUUGCCAUCUUUUCCGGUAAAAUAAUUUAUUUUUUCAAUGUUGAGCAUGUACUUAAAUUGUAUAUUUUGUAAAGAGGAAUUUUUUGUAUAGUCAUUUAAAUUUUAACAUCUUAAUAACAAGAAGUUUCUGAAAUGUAACUUUUUUUCUUUUUUUCAAAAAAUUUCAGCUUCUCUAACAGUUUGUAGUUUUAUGGUGUCUGUACGAAACUACAGAUAAUUCUGCUUACAUCUAAACUGUAACUUUAAGAUUAUUGUUUAGUGAUCAUUAGUAUUUUUUUACUUUUCUAUAACCUUAUAUUGUUGUACAAUUUGUUACUGAUAAUGUAAUUAGGAUCCAUGUGUCUAUUUAUCACUUCAAUGUCCUCUUUUUUUCUACUUGUGAAAAAAGUAAAAGAACCCUUUUUUCACCAUUAAACCUCAAACUAGAGUGAUUAAACUCACUUUGAAGAGUUUUUAUCCCUCCAAAUCACUAAAGUCUAAAAGCAAUGACGUCUUAAUAUCUAUUUAUUUUUGCAGUUUUUCAAUUGUUUCCGUAAAUGGGUGACCUUGAGCAAAUUCAGAAAAUUGCUCCUUCGAAAUCUUAAUUCAUUAUUCCUCUUGAAAAUACUGUUCCAUCCCUCUAGAGGCGUAUUACAAGUUUAAUUUCAGCCAGAAGUAAGAACAAAACUUUGUGCUUGAAUUUAACCAAUGAAUAGAUUCAUUUCCCUUCUCUGUUCUCUGAUUUUGGUAACUAGUCACAAGAUGAUUUUCAUCCUUUUUUUUCAAACGUAACUAGAACUGCUUGCAAUCUAGCUGUUCAACUUGACUGGCAAAAUUAUAGCUUCAACUUUUUUUAUAAUGUAUCAAUAAACCUCAAUUUUCCUAGUAAUAUUAUUCCUGUUAGUCUAGUACUCUUACAACACCAAUAUUCAUGAACAUUUAAUGUACGUCAAUUCAGAAAUGAGCAUAAAAAAAUGCGGCUUUUCUUAACCAGGUUUGGUCUAAAUGACUCACGACAUACCACUCUGUUUUUAAACUUUUCCUGGAAGAAGGGGGAUGGUCAACAGAAAAUUCAUGUUUUUUGGUUUAACAGAGCAUUCAAGCACAGUAUAGCGCACUUUUCCUAAUGUUCUUGCCCUCACACUCUGUGACAACAUUUAUUCUCUGCAACCUUAACUUUCUCCCGUAAACUUAGACACUCCUGGCAGAAUCUACCCCCUCCCAUUUGCGCACAUUCCUACACAAUUCUAUCUCUCAAAACAAUUGUGUGGUUUUAAAAUUUGACAGUCGUUUGUAAAAGGGCAACAACGCUGCCCCCUGGCCCACCAUCUCAUCGAAUCACAUGAUAUGACAAUGCAGAAUUAAGCACUUAUCUAAGUCUGUUAUGCUGUACUUCAGUGCUCUCUCUUCAAUCAAAUAUAAAACUGUGACCUUCUCUCUUUUCGUGUAAUUUUAAAGUUUGCAUUUGUUGAUCUUGAAACUACACGAUGGGAAAAAUCCAGCCCCAGGAACAAAUAAUUGUUCAAUGCCUGUUGAAUUUGCAGUCUCCUUUUACUGACCUCGCAGAAUCUUAAGUAUUCAGAAUUUAUUUGGCUUUUUUAAGAUUUAAGAAUCAAGUCUCUCCCUUUGCUCUCUCUCUGACCAUUUGUCUAUUUGAAAAGGUCUCUAACCAUUCGGAUCGGUUGGCACCAGGUUCUAGAGACAGAAAUAUCCAGAUAACAGGAUUAUGCAAAAAAGUAUUGAAAAAAUGGAAAUACUUUAAUUUUGGCUGAAAACGAUUCUCAUGGUUAAGUGAGGUUUUUCAACUCUAUUACCUAUGCACACAAGUAGAAAAUACUUUAUAUGUCUUUUUUGUAGGUAUGUCUUUAUCUCAUUUAGCUGCAAGUACUCCCCUGACAAACAGCUCCAAAUUUUCAUUUUUGACCUCAUGAAAAUGAUUUUCAAAAUAUUGUUGAAAAACUUAAACAAAAUUUGGAAAAUAAAAAUAAAGCAGCCAUUUCAAGGAGUCUGCUUCUCAUCUGUAGUGACAACUGAUUUGUUAGUUUCGUAACUGAAGGGGAGGUUUUUCAAUCAUGUUUUAAUUGUGCUCUGUUGGGUUUGUGGUUCUCAAGUCCUGCAUUUAUGCUAUUUUGCUGCGGCAUCAAAUGAUACUUGACAGCACUCAAUUCCUCUCUGCGUUUUAAAACUAAGAAGAAGGCGUAUUUAAGAAGGAAGAGGAAAAAUUUAUCAUAAGCUCAGCACAUAGAACUCUAUGGUCAUCCACUCAUAAAACUUACACAAUAAUAAAUACACAAGGGAACAUAAUAAAAUCAAUAAACUUACAGGGAAAAAGACCCCUAUCCAUAUAUAAACCUUCUCUCUCUUUAGAAGCUGAUGAAGUGCAUCAGUCAGAUGAGAAAGGUAACGGAAAGUUUGAAUAUAGAAUCAGGACCAGCUUUGACAUAAAGCGGGCUUGUGAAGGACUCAAAUCGCUCUAGAACAUUAUAAGGACAAACAUCUAACUUAGGGAUGUCCCAUUUCCUCAGGUUCAUUUUCAAACCUUACAAUCGCUGAGUUGAUCCGAAUGGUUUGAGCUCAGCUAAAGACUUCUAAUGCAGGGCUGAAACUUGAAGUAUCUGAUGAGCCGAUUAAAAGUAUCAAACUUUGUCAAAAUAUUCCUUUUAUUUUUCUAUGUCAAGAAAGAGCUGCUUACAGCUAACAGCUGGUUUGCUUUCAAAUACUGUGAGAAAUACUCAUUAAAUUCGAAUUGCCUAAUUGCACUUGGAAAGAAAAAGAGCGGAAAAAUUAAACAGGAAAGCUCCUAGUAUUGACCAAGGCAAUUUUUGCAGGAGAAAAUCAGUCAGAUUUACUUCAGUUUCUCUCAUGAGAAUUAUCCCAUACUUGAAAAAAUAAUUUUUGGGAGUACCAAUCUUGAGUUCACUCUUGCUCAAUUUUUUAAACAGUUUUAUCAGGUCACAAUUUGUAUUCCUCCUUAAUUUGUAACACUUGCCACAGAUGUCAAGUCUCCUUGAUUUUUAUGAAUUUUCUGCAAUACAGUGGAAUAAUCUCUGCUGUAAAAGCUAAAUUUAGGUGUACUUUUUUUAAAAUAUUGCAGCUGUAUCCUUUAUAACCAAAAUGAAAAUACGAAUUUCCUUAUAGCGCUAAGAAAGACAGAGAUUCUAUUCUACGCCUUAUUUUCUGCCGGUUCUAGUAUUUUCAAAAUCUUGCUAUUGAUUAGUUUGAUUAUUUUCAUUUACUAUGCUUGUAUGUGUAAGUUUGUUAAGGUAACAUGACCCAGGAUAUCUACAACUUGGAAGUCCCCUCUGAAUUUUUUUAAUCAGUCAAAUGUGAGGAGUACUUCCAGGAUUGACAAGAAUAAAUUUUGCUCUGAAUGAAAAAAGUUUUGUCUUUGGAAUUCUAUUUUGCACGUGUUCUUUUCAAAACAAUGCAAAACAAAAUGCAUUUAUGAGUCUCGGACACCGAUGGUGUCAAAAUCAUUCAGGCAACUAGUGGCAUUUUCAUCAGGAUUUCUUUGGAAUACUGUUUUCCUCUCUGAAGUUUUAUUAAGGAGAACAAAUCAGAGUCUGAUGCCUGUUUUUGUCUUUUAUUUAGAUUUUUAUUAAAAUGAUUAAUUAAAAAAUUAAAUUAAACUACGCAUAAAUUUCUUGCAUUAAUUUGAUGUUCUUGCGGGUUUGUAGAUAUCCUACUAUGUGUAAUUUCAAUUAAUUUUUUUAUGGUAAAUAUUUAUUUUUCUUUAGUUUUAAAACAGUAUUUGUUUAUCUGAAUCCGUCCACCAAAUUAAAAUUAUCAUAAAACUUUGAAUUGAUUAGAUUUAAAAAUGAUGAACUCUUUUAAGGAAUUAUUUUGGGUUUUUCUUUUUUGUUGGGUUUAUUUUUAUUUAUUUAUUCAAUUUUUUUUUGGAAGAAUAUUAUGGGUCAAAUACAAAAAUUAAUUCAUCAGGUAUCGGCAAAUUCUCAAGCGAUCUUAAGACUUUUUCAUUGCAUUUUACCCCGUAAUGGGCGUGGCAAAUUUUUACUCAAACUCUCAUCAAUUCUUUCAUUUCUCUUCCAUCGACCUAGUGUACACUCACAUACCAGUUCAAAUAGUGCAAUCUAUGCACAAACCUAUCUGAGGCAUUUAAUUUUUUUUUCCCUAUCAAACUUGAAUUUAUAGAAAAGAAGAAUGGAAAAUGAUAGCAGUUCUGACUGUACACAUAUGUACACAUAUAGUCUUAUUCUUUGUGUUAUGAGAAGAUAGAAUUCGUGCAAGGUGAUUGCACCUAAUAAUGUAACACAAGCCUCUCUUUUUCUAAAAUUUGGUUUUUAUGGUCAAUGUCGUGUGUAUCUUCUUGUUUCCUCCCCUUUUCUUUCUUCUGAAUGAGUACUACAACUGUCAACUGCUUAUGGGGGGGGGGGGGGGUUGCAUUUUCAUAAAAAAAAUAAUGAACCUCCACUCGUUGACAGGGAGCUUCUAAUGUCAUCAGGAUUCUCUGUUCAAGAAUCGGAACCAGGAUUUUAAAAUUGAUCAAUUUUUCCUCAAAAUAGGCUCCGUAAAGUUAACCGAAAGCACCAAAUACUUGCUGAUUUCUUAAAAACUAUGCAGUCAAGACCUAAAACAGUGUUGUCUUAUUUCCACCCUAUUAAUUGUAAUCUAUACCAAGCACUCAUAAAUAAAUUCAUUGUCUUUAAUACCACUCAUAUUUUGACAGUCAUGCUUAAAAAUAUUAUGUAGUUCAAUUUGAAAACUUUCUCUGUUCACAAAACUUUGCCACUUUAUUGUCGGCGUGAAAAUUCAUAACUCUCUUCGGAGCUUCAGAGAGUGCUUCUCUUAAACUCAGGAAUUAAGCUAGACGAAGCCCUCAGUUAAUUGAGACUCCUCUGAAUCUUGCAUAAUUAUCAGUCAUAUUUCAGUCGUACUGAGUCAGAAGUUCAGUAUACUUUAGUUUAGUAGUUUUUUCGAGCUCUCUAGCUAGCUGUUCCUGUUAGUGUUGUUUUCCUAAUUUAGUAACCCCUGUGAAUUUAUAAAAACGCUUGUUCCUAGUUUAUUUUUCACUAUUUUCCUCAAUUUUUUCGUAACUUUGCUAUCUGCAAGCUUUUUUUCCCCACCAAGAAAUCAGGGUUUUGUAUUCCUCCUCAUAAUUUCUUUUUUUUUUUAAAUUUCCUUUUUCCCUCUAAUAACUAUCUCUGUACCAGAGUUCUGAUCUUUUAUCUACAGAGUAAUUAGGCUCUCCAAGUUAAUCUUUUUUUCACUGUGUUUCAGCUUAAAUUCAAAUGACUGCUGCAAAAACAGCUUUUCCUUCAAAACUUUGUCCCCGAUUAAAAGCAUCCAAUUAUUUCUUGCUCUCCUUGGUCUUUUGGCCCUUUGCCAAGAGAAGUUUAGUGAACCAAUCUUGCUUUCCAAAACCUUGAGAUUCAUUUUUGAGAAGAAUUUUUUGGGUUUAUAAUGAAUUUUCACCAAUCAAACCACGGAUUUUUAUUCCAUUCAGAAAACGAAUUUACAAUUAUAAUUCGUUAAAAAUGAAGCUGAACUACAUGUACAUGUUACUACCUUGUUUAAUUGUAAUCUGUAUUAAAGAGUAAUCAACAUUAGCAUGAAUUGGUAAUUAUGCUGCCACCUACGCUUUGGCUGAUUUUGCAGUGGCUAUUAUUUAUUCCUUCAAAGUAUGAUUUUAUUGCAUUCUAUUUAAAUUGUUCAACUUAGGGAUUUAAGAAUUAUAAAAUGAAAUUUUCUUGCCUUUAACAAUGAAAGAUCACAGAUAAAUUGAAUACGGAGAUGUUUAUGAGUCUUAAUUACAGCUUAAAAGGUGAUUUUUUAAGUACUCAAAUGCAAUAAAAAUAGAUAAAUCAAUACAUGGAAUUUCCCUGCUUGACUCAAUGACCUCUGUAAAUGUUUAUAGCUUGUUCUCAGUUCACCUAUUUCAACGUUGCAAUGUUUUCCCUCUUUUUUUUUGUCAAUGAGUAAUCCUUUUAAAUGAAAAACUUUGUAUCAGUUCUGUCAGGAAUGAGUUAAUCGACUUGGCUGCUUAACAGCUGUGUUUCACUUGAAGGUAGGAAGUGAUUACCAUGUUUCAAAUGUCUUUUCUUAAAAAUCAUUGUAAUGAAAAGAUUCCUAUUAUACGCCAUCAAAAUGUCUAAACGUAAGUUUUUUUUAAUCCCAUUAAGUUUAGAUGAAUAGUUAUCUUGAGUUCAACUUUUUUUCUUCACACUAACAAAAUUUUCAUCGAAGUUUACUCCAAAAGAGGUUUGAGCUGAUGCUGCUGUGUGAAGCUCUAUUUGCUUAUUUUUGAAAUGAAAAUUCUCUUUUGAAGUGUUAAUAGCAACGAUCAAAAUAUGUCUUCCUUUUAAAAUAUCGAACAAAUUGCCACAAAUCUCUAAAUGCCAGUAUUUUAAAGUACUCCUGACAAAAAUUAAAUUCUUCAUUGUGGUAGUCAUUUUCAGAAUCAAUUUAUCUACAGAAAAAUUGAUUGUUUGUCCAUUUAGUGAUAAGAACGAUGAAUCUUGUUUCAAAGUCUUUAGAAUAUAAGCUUGAUGAGUAAUUUAAUCAAUAUUUUGGUAGUCAGUUUACCAAAGACGCCGAGAUGGUUUCAUCUGAAAAUACAGUCUUAUAAUAAUUUCUUAAUAUGUUCUAAUUGAAUUGAUGCAAAAACAAUCGAAUCUUAGGUGGCAAACAGGUAAGGAUCAUUGUUAUGAAGGCUUGAGAUGUUUUUUUCACAUAAUUCAAUUAAAGGUAAAGAAAGCACUCUACAGCCUUGAGGUUUUUCUCAAAUUUUUCUUCUGGUUUGGAGGAAGAGAAGCUAGUCUGAAUUAACCAACUCGCUAAUUUUUAUUUCAUCCAUCAAUUAGUUUAGCUUCACUCGGUAUGGUCCUUACUUGCACUAAUUCUUUUUGCAUCAAUUCAAACUUUUAGCAGCUUCAUUUGAUUGAACGUUCUCUUGAUCAGAAACUUGAAACGCAGCAUGAGUGUACUCUCAUCCUGUGAGCUAAUUAUAAUUUUUGUACUUUUCUAUUCAUCAUCAAAGUUAACUUUUAAGAUUUAUCAUGAAUAAUAAAAAAGGAUAUUACUCCGUUCCCUAUAUCGCCUUUGCUAAUUUGUUUCUUCUUGUCUUCAAAAGUGUUAUCCAACCUGUGAACUGUUCUCAGCAAACGUAUUCAAUGCAAUCAUGAGUAACUCGUAGAAUUGAUUUUUAGUAAUGAAAGUGAAAAAAAUAGAAGGCGAGGUUCUAUGCUUUGAUCAUUUUUCCUCUCCAAUCGGCUGCCAAUAUUUUUUUGAGCUAGCACUGUCUUGCUUUUGCUAAGUUCUUGCCCAUCAAAACAAAAAGUUAAUAAUUUUUCACCUUUCUCCUUAAAUAUCGCCGUAGUGUUUCUAUUUCUAAUAGCUAUUUUUAUUAAGCCACAUUUUUCAUAAAAUAUUAAGGGCCAAAAUGUUUUCCUCUCUUUUGCAAGCACCACAUCUCCAUUGAUAGGCGCAUUAUAUAGGCUCCAUUAUAUUUUUCAAGAGGCGCAAUGAUCAAGAUAAAAAUUUUGCCAAAAAUUUUAACUUUCACUCGUGCUCCAUCUUGUAUCUGCAUUGAUUUUUGUCUGGUUCUAUAGUUUUGUGACUGUAGUUCCUUAGUACUGAGAGACCAGCAUCAGUUCUUAACCCAUCACUACAACUUAAAAUCAUGCUUUGACUUUGAUUCUCCAUUCAUUUUCUAUGCUCCUCCUAAAGCUGUGCGUCAGCUAAACUUUUUAAAUAGUUUGCCCACUCACCUUUUAAAAUAUAACUGAGGAAGUUAUGAAUUUCGCCUGAAAAGGUUGAUUUCUGUCAUUUCUCAGAAGAAUUGUGACAAUUCUCGGACAAUCAGCUGCUAAUACUACUCUGCCGGCAAUACUCCUCAGGUUUUCCCCUGUCAUUUGGUUUGAUCCAUUUAUCUGUGCUAUUCUGACUACUUUUGUCCUUCUUUUCAUGCUAUCAUACUAUCAAUUUUAUUUUAACUUGUACUUAUUCUCAUUAUUGUAUUUAAAUUAAGCGAUAGGUCAAAGUACUUAACAUGGGUCAAGGCAAAGGACCCAAGAAACUUUUGCAAAUUGUUUUCCUCAAUGACAUGGACUGCAUUUCACUCUCACUCCAACAGCUGGAUCCUCAUAAAUGUUAAAGGUUACAAUUUAAAAGCAUUUCUUGGUUUUGUGUCUGAAGUAAUUGCAAAUCUGAAGGCAUCACAUUUUAAUGAAGAAUUUUGUAAAUAUUCCAAGGAGCAAGUAGAUAAACUGUAUUUUCUGAAAUAGAUCCAAAAGAGUGUGCUGAUUUAUCUUCACCUAUGUAGUAAAGUUAACAUUACUGGUAAAUGACUUCUUACAUUUUAACACUUCACUGCAACCCUUCAUUUUUGUCCCUUUUUUCCAUGAGACGCAAGACUCAUGAGGCUCAUAGUUUGACUGUGUGAUGUAUUGUCUUUUACUAGAAGGACUCCAUUUUGCACACUAAGAAAAUCUUCUUUUAUGCAUCAAAUUAUGUUUUUGUAGCUUUUUAAUUCCUCUCUGUAUUUAAAUUGCAUUUAGUCUGUGAGGGAAGUAUCUCAACAAUUUUCUUGAAGUUUGGAUAACACUUUAUGGUAGAUAAGUUAACACCAGUUCAUAUAAUGCUACAGGUGUUUGAACUGAUGGAAUUCCUGAUUAACAGGAAAACAAAUUCAGAACUCUCUAACUGUUGGCUGUAGCACUCCUUUCAGAUUUUAUACAGAUUCAUCUUAAAUAUUUUGAAAAUUUAGAGGACCCUCCAGAAUGUGAACUUGCAUUUUCCCUUUACUGACACCAUCACUAUAAAUUUCUUGAACUCUGGAAAAGACCACUUUUUGCUAUAUCCCAGAGGGUCCAUAGGUAAAAAUAGCUGGGCAAUAUUUGGCUUGAACUAUCGAUUUACUUCACUUUUUAACUCAGGUUCUCCGUAUUUUCAUUCAUGUUCUUACAAAAGUGGUAAGGAUUUGCAGUCUACUUAUCUAGUGGUAAUUCCUGCGCAGGUGAAUGCUUCAAUGCUAGUGUUGGUGAGGCAAAAUGUAUCCAUUAUUUGUCCACCAUUUUCAUACUUUUUUUUUAAAGCUCACCAUGACAUUGAGACUAUUCUCACCAGUCUUUUCUGAACAGCACUGAAAAGAAAUACUGGAAAUUAGGAUUGUCAUCUUUAUCUUGUGUUGCCAUAUUUUGCUUUCCUGAUUUUAACUAUUUGUGAUAUUUGGACGUUAUAAAAAAGUUUGUCAGCAAUGAAAUGAUAAUAUCAACACAAACAAUAUUGUAGCCUGAUGGCACCCUUUGAGAGCAAGGUCUGUCUCAAUUUAUGGUGAGGAUUAUAGGUUGAUUUAGGCGAAGCUUCUUGUUUUUUCAUUUAAAAAUGAAUCAUGUUUCCUUGUUUGUGGUGACGAAUUUCCAGUUUGGUCCUGCUCUUGUCUGAAUUUCACCUGUCCAUCUUCUUUUCUGUCUGCCUCCCUUUUUUAUGGCUUGGAACCCAGUUUGUUAGCUUAGUCAAUAAGCUUAGUCCAUCAAUUCUUUUUCGUCAUGACCAUGUUGCUUCCUCAUUUCCAUUUCAAUUCAGUUGUAUCGCUUUGAACAAUGCUAGUGUUCUUCUGCAUUCUCACUCUCUAGGACUUCUUAUUUUUUAAUUCGUAAUCAUGUCCAUUCUUUCGACUUUGCAAAUACGUUUCAGUGUGUGCAUUUACGUAGUAUCAAGUUUACCGUAUUAUGCAUUGUUGAGUGACCAUGUUUGACUUCCAUUUAAUAGUAAUGGUAGAGGACAUCUCUCUACCCCUCCAUCUUUCUGUUUGAUACUCAUUGAACCUUUUAAAAAAAUUUUAACCACCAGAAUUAAUUCCAUGUUUGUUUCACUCUUCUUUCAAUUUUCUUCAAAACUGUAUCUUUGAAGGAUACUAAUUGUCCACAUUUUGUGAAUUCUUCAAUGUACUCAAAGGAUUUGCAUUUACCACCAUCAACAUAUGAAAUGAUACUGCCUGUCUCAUAUUUUUGGAAAAAUUAAUGAAUCAGAAAUAAACUCAAACACGUUGAUUUUUUAAGCGUAACAGGACUCUUCGCAGUUAGAAAACAGGAAAUUUGAUUGUAGGGAUAACUACAAUAAACUUGAGAAUUUUUGAGGAAAUGUUAGGGAUUUUGAACGUAGGAAACUGAAAGUAUUGACUGGAAGAAAUUAAACUUUGGGUUGCUUAAAUGAUUUUAUCGCUGCAUCAAGUCUUUCCUAUUUUUGUGCUAGCAUGAGGAAAAGUCAGAGAAGUUAAAAAAUACUCCCAACCCCAUCAUGAGUUGCUACGGUAAAAUAUGGUAAGGAAAAGAAGUAAUAUCCAAAAGCAAAAAAUUUAUCUGUAGUCAGUAAGUUUUAAAAACUUUGCUUUGAUUUUAAACUGCCUUUAAUAAAGUAUGGAAUCCUUUCAAAUUGUAUCCUUACUUUUCUGUUAAAUACUCUUUCUGUCGGAUAGAUGCAUUGUUCCCCAUCUGAAGAGUGGUGUAUCUCUCAUAUUGAAAUAAUCCAGAAAAAUGCACUCAGAUUUAAUUAACAUUUACUCAUUAUCAUCAUCAUGUGUAUUAGGGUUUCUACUCACCUCUCCAUGCUCUGUAUUUCUCUGUAAGUUCGUACCAAUUUUUUCGGUGAUUUUACUCUAAUUUUUUUUUUUUUACACCACUAUUCAUUUUGCAAGGUAUGCAAGUAAUUGGUAGUGGCAAAUUACUGAAAGCUUAUCAAGAGCCUUCUCUAAGUAUUUGAAAUGAAGAGUGAAAAAAAAAUGAACGGCUAAGGCCAAAGGUUGUUGAUUGGAAAGUAAAAAGCUGUGAUUCUCUAUGAGGUUUUUCACCGAAACAUUCUGCAUAAUGUCCCAAUUGCCCAAUGUCAGACAACUUAGCUGGCAGGUUACAACACCUAGGCUGUCAACUCAUUAGGAUUUUUUUUUUUUAAAUAAGGUAUUACAUAUUCUUUCCUCUUAAUUUUGAUUGGCAAAGUUUGAUUGAUCAUUCUAAUUGUGGAAAUCAAGCUGUAGUAAUGAACACUAAUGAAGUGGAUGUAAAUGACUAUCCAUAAUUUUGCAUUGUGAAAAAAAAAUUCUAGUCUUCCAGAGUGUACUUCACUUUUUUUCCAGCUGUAAGCUAUUAACAUUGAAUGUGGAAAAAUUAGUGUAUGCAUUCUCUGAGACCUGUUUGUAUAUCAUGCAUCACUUGAAUAAGUAGUUUUCUUAUUAUGAUACAUUCCUGUCUGCAGUAAAGUACAUUCAAAUCCAGCAAACAAGGUUUUAUAAGUCAAAAAAGUAAGGGGGAAAAAAUUAAAUGGACCCAACAGCUAAAAGUUUCAGAAAUUGCUGCUCAGAAGUGCUCUGUGGAAUGAUCAAUUUUCAAAAUAGAAAAAUUUAGAGAAGUUUCUAUUACCUCGAUGGGCUCUUCAGUUUUUAAGUAGUCUCUGUAAUUAGUACCAAAA